CUGUAAUUGCUGUCAGGGGAGGACUUUCUGUGAUCUCAUGGUCAGAGUCCAACCAGAGAAAUUCAGAGAUAUUCUGGUUGAUGACGUUAUGGAGUCUCAGUAUCACCAGUUUGGGUCGCCUGAAAACAGCUCAGGCCAUGGAGAGCACAAAAUGACCAGAACAACAGGUUUGAAGGGUAUGGUGGCUUAUGUCCUCUACGGAGUCCUGGUGGUGCUGCUGCUAAUCCUGCUGAUGGUCACUGGGAUAAGAUUCUCCCAGUUAAACAAGGGAAUCACUGAUGUCAAACUUCACCUUGAGAGAAUCAGCAAGGGAGGAACAACAUCAGCGUCCACUUCAGGUGCAACAACUGUGCAUGAUGUCUACCUACAGCCAAUUGUCCCAGUUAGAGGAACAUGUAGGGAAGGAUGGGUGUCUUUCCAGAGAAGCUGCUACCUGCUAUCCACCACCACCGUUACCUGGGGCAAAGCAGAGGAGCAGUGCCAAACACACGGAGGACACCUGGUGGUUCUGAAUAAUGUGGAGGAACUGGACUACAUUUCAAAAAUAGUUGAAAUCAAUUACAACUAUUGGAUUGGACUUGUCGAGCGAGAACACGAGGGACACUGGAGCUGGGUGGACGGAACUGACUUCAAAUCAACCCCAACUUUCUGGGAUGAAGAUCAGCCUGACAACUGGGACUACAGAGAGAACGGAGAGGACUGUGGGCAGCUUCAUUCUUCUGAAAGACGCAAACGCAAGCUGUGGAAUGACGCAGACUGUCACCUGACAUACCAGUACAUCUGUGAAACCAGGGCAUGAGAGACAGUGGACCUUUCUGAGCUGCUGAACCCUCACUAACAUGACAAGCCUGACAUGUUGAACAUGAAUGGGUCAAAUUAAAACUGAUGGAAAUGAUGUUUUUGAUUAUAUAGUUAUGAGUGUCACAAAAAGGGCUAAACAAUAUUGAUCUUUUAUUGAUUUGUAAUAAAGACACACUCUUCAGUG